ACCUUCCGGCCUCGACGACCCUAUUUCCCGUGGUGCGCCGCGGCUUUCCUCUUUCUCUUCCGGUCCCAGGCGCUUCGGAGCCGCGGGCUUGGGUGCAGACAUGGCCAAGUCCAAGAACCACACCACGCACAACCAGUCCCGAAAAUGGCACAGAAACGGCAUCAAGAAACCUCGAUCACAAAGAUAUGAAUCUCUUAAGGGGGUGGACCCCAAGUUCCUGAGGAACAUGCGCUUUGCCAAGAAGCACAACAAGAAGGGCCUGAAGAAGAUGCAGGCCAACAAUGCCAAGGCCAUGAGUGCACGUGCUGAGGCUAUCAAGGCCCUAGUAAAGCCCAAGGAAGUCAAGCCCAAGAUCCCAAAGGGGGGCAGCCGCAAGCUCAAUCGACUUACCUACAUUGCUCACCCCAAGCUCGGGAAACGUGCUCGUGCCCACAUUGCUAAGGGUCUCAGGCUCUGCCGGCCAAAGGCCAAGGCCAAGGCCAAGUCUCAAACCAAGGCCCAGGCUGCGGCUGCAACUGCGGCUCAGGCUCAGGCUCCAGCUCCAGCUCCCAAAGGUGCCCAGGCCCCCACGAAGGCACCAGAGUAGACACCUCUGUCUGCCAGUGUGAGGACGGAAGGACUGGUGUGACCCCUGGGCUGGUGUCCUCCUGUGCUAUUUGUACAAAUAAACCUGAGGCAGGA